UAGCAAUGCCUUUACUCCACUUCACAAUAGCACUCAAGCUCUUCCUUUGUCUUCAACUAGCUAGUGCUACUAUAAACAUUCCUCCCGGUUACUCGGUCCCCGCGGUUUUCGUGUUCGGGGAUUCGAUCGUCGAUACUGGCAACAAUAACAAUCUCAUCACUCAAGCUAAGUGCAACUAUCCGCCGUACGGUAGGAAUUUUCUCGAUCAACAGGCAACUGGGCGAUUUUCCAAUGGCAAAGUUCCCUCCGACCUUCUAGUUGAUGCGUUGGGUAUCAAAGAGUUUUUACCACCGUAUGCUAACCCGAGUCUACGGCCCGAAGACCUAAUUACGGGUGUCAAUUUUGCUUCUGGUGGUGCUGGAUUUGAUCCUCUGACCUCUCAAUUAGCGCCAGCAAUAUCACUUGAAGAUCAAUUAGGCAUGUUUAGGGAAUACUCAAAGAAGCUAGAAGAACUAGUGGGAGUAGCAAGAGCAAAGUUCAUAAUAGCCAAUGGCUUGUUCAUGGUGGUGGCGGGAAGCAACGACAUUGCCAACACAUUUUAUCUUGCAAGAAUAAGGCAAAUUCAUUUCAAUAUCGACUCGUACACUGAUUUCAUGGCUCGGUAUGCUUCCGCUUAUGCUAAGGAAUUGUACGCAGCCGGUGGGCGGAGAAUCGGAUUCUUCGGGGCACCGCCGUUAGGGUGUGUGCCGUCGCAAAGAACCUUGGCUGGCGGGAUUGAAAGGGCGUGCGUGAAUGAGUACAACGCUGCUGCAGAGCUCUUCAAUGGAAAAUUGCACAUUGCUUUGAAUCAACUUCAAACGUCACUGCCUAACAGCAAACUAGUUUACGUGGAUAUUUACAAUCCUCUUCUUGACGUCAUCCAAAACUAUCGUAAAUAUGGGUUUGAAGUUGCGGAUAGAGGGUGUUGUGGAACUGGGAAGAUCGAGGUGACGUUUCUUUGUAACAAAUUCGUGAAGACCUGCAACGAUCCGAACAAGUUCGUGUUUUGGGACAGUUUUCAUCCAACCGAAGCUACAUACAGCUACCUCGUCGCUCCGAUCAUUCAAAAAUAUAUUUCUAAUUUCCUAUAGUUCAAUUAAAGUUUAAUUUUCAUAAAAAUAAUAUUACAAAAUUGAAGGCAAAAAAAGGAUGUGUAACUUUAAUUCUCUCAAUUAUAUAUGUAUUAUCAUUUUGUUUACA